CCGCGGUCCCAGCGAAGGAGGAGGCGCAGACACCGCCGCAGCCUUUAUAGUUUCUGCUGGGCUCCGCGAAUGGAGCAUAAAGUCCGACCAAUGCCCAAAUGCUGAUUUUAAUCUUGAGUCUGGUCCUCUGGAUUGCGGUAGCUGAACCCAUCAGAAGCCCAGCCAAGGGGCCGCCCCUCACCUCCUGGAGAGUUAAUAUGCAAAACAGUUACGUCAGAUGUGGGGGCGGGGCACACCGGGGUUGACGGGCAGCCUGGCUUUUGCGGAGGGAGGAGGCGCGAGAAUCAUCCUGGUUCAGUGACUGAGACAAACUGGACGUGAGCGGAGCUGGUGCUGUCCACAGAGUGUCGGUGCUGAACCCCGGGUGUAAGGGAUCGCCUGCUUGGGCACCUGGAGGCAACGCCCACUGGAACCCUAUGUGCCCAGUGGGACCCGCUUCACCACAGGACCCAAUUUAACUUGACAAAGGAGUGCGACUCGGACGUGGGAGAGACUCCUAUGUUUGCAAUCUGGGCGCCCACUCAGGCGUGACUUUGGAGAUUCUGUAGUUCUAACUCAAAGUAUUUGGAUUUUUUUUCCAACCUAAGAGGAUCUUUUCAUCGUUAUUAUUUUUCUUUUUUCUUUUUUACACUGUGACUCAUAUUUUCACAUCAUUUAGAAAUCUUUUUGGAGGACUUUUUUGUUUUUUACUUCAAAUAAGGUGAAAAUCAAUAAAGAUGUUUAGGUGCUGGUCUGCCAUUUUGAUUCUUGGAUUCAUCUUUCUGGCAUCUGAAGGGAGGCCAACAAAAGAAUCAGGAUAUGGCCUUAAAUCCUAUCAACCUCUUACAAGAUUGCGACAUAAGGAAAAAAGUCAAGAAAGUUCAAGAAUCAAAGAAUUUCUAAUUCAUGAUGGACCAUUUGGAUCUUGUGAAAAUAAGUACUGUGGCUUGGGGAGGCACUGUGUUAUCAACAGAGAGACAAGGCAUGCGGAGUGUGCCUGCAUGGACCUUUGUAAACAGCACUACAAACCUGUGUGUGGAUCUGAUGGGGAAUUCUAUGAAAACCACUGUGAAGUGCACAGAGCUGCCUGUCUUAAAAAGCAAAAGAUCACCAUCGUUCACAAUGAAGACUGCUUCUUUGAAGGGGACAACUGCAUGGCCAUUGAAUACAGCAAGAUGAAAAGUAUGCUUUUAGACUUACAAAAUCAAAAGUAUAUUACACAAGAAAAUGAGAAUCCCAACAGUGAUGACAUAUCUAGGAAGAAGCCGUUGGUGGAUCAAAUGUUCAAGUAUUUUGAUGCAGACAGUAAUGGACUUGUAGAUAUUAAUGAACUAACUCAGGUGAUUAAACAGGAGGAAUUGAACAAGGACCUUUCUGACUGUACUUUGUAUGAUCUGCUCAAGUAUGAUGACUUCAACGCUGACAAGCACCUGGCUCUUGAAGAAUUCUACAGAGCAUUUCAGGUGAUCCAGUUGAGUCUGCCUGAAGAUCAGAGAGUAAGCAUUACCGCAGCCACUGUGGGGCAGAGUGCUGUUCUGAGCUGUGCCAUUGUGGGAACGCUGAGACCCCCUAUCAUAUGGAAGAGGAACAACAUUGUUCUAAAUAAUUUAGAUUUGGAAGACAUCAAUGACUUUGGUGAUGAUGGGUCCCUGUAUAUUACCAAGGUUACCACAGUUCACAUGGGAAAUUAUACAUGCUAUGCAGAUGGCUAUGAAAAUGUCCGUCAGACACACAUCUUCCAAGUGAAUGUUCCUCCAGUUAUCCGAGUGUAUCCAGAGAGUCAGGCCAGAGAACCUGGUGUAACUGCAAGCCUUAGGUGCCAUGCCGAGGGCAUUCCAGACCCUCAGCUUGGCUGGCUGAAGAAUGGGAUUGACAUUACACCGAAGCUCUCCAAACAGCUCACACUUCAAGCAAAUGGCAGUGAGGUCCACAUAAGCAAUGUCCGUUAUGAAGAUACAGGAGCAUACACGUGCAUUGCUAGGAAUGAAGCCGGUGUGGAUGAAGACAUCUCUUCUCUUUUUGUGGAAGAUUCUGCUAGGAAGACACUAGCUAACAUAUUAUGGAGAGAAGAAGGUCUGGGAAUUGGGAACAUGUUCUAUGUUUUUUAUGAAGAUGGAAUCAAAGUGAUACAACCCACGGAAUGUGAAUUUCAGAGGCACAUUAAGCCCAGUGAAAAGCUCCUUGGAUAUCAGGAUGAAGUCUGUCCCAAAGCAGAAGAGGAUGAAGUGCAGAGAUGUGUGUGGGCAUCUGCUGUUAAUGUCAAAGACAAGUUCAUUUAUGUCGCUCAGCCAACUUUGGACAGAAUCUUGAUUGUUGAUGUGCAAUCCCAAAAGGUUGUUCAGGCAGUGAGUACAGAUCCUGUACCAGUUAAAUUACACUACGACAAGUCACAUGACCAAGUCUGGGUGCUGAGCUGGGGCAGCAUGGAGAAGACAUCACCAACUCUACAGGUGAUCACUCUGGCCAGCGGGAAUGUGCCACACCACACCAUCCACACUCAGCCAGUUGGGAAACAGUUUGACAGAGUGGACGAUUUUUUUAUUCCAACUCCAACACUUAUUAUUACUCACAUGAGAUUUGGGUUUAUUCUUCAUAAAGAUGAAUCUGCACUACACAAAAUUGAUCUCGAAACCAUGUCCUACAUCAAAACAAUUAACCUGAAGGACUCACGAUGCAUUCCUCUAUCCUUGGCAUACACCCAUCUGGGAGGAUACUACUUCAUAAGCUGCAAGGCUGACAUCACCGGAGCUACUCCACCACAGCUCGUGGUAGACAGUGUGACUGACUCUAUCAUUGGCUUCAAUAGCGAUGUGACGGGCACUCCUUAUGUCUCUCCAGACGGACACUAUCUUGUCAGUGUUAAUGACGUGAAAGGUCUUGUCAGAGUCCAAUAUAUCACCAUCCGAGGAGAGAUUCUGGAUGCUUUUGACAUCCACACCAACCUACAUAUAUCUGACCUGGCCUUCCAGCCAUCCUUCACAGAAGCCCACCAGUACAACAUCUAUGGCAGCUCAAGCCAACAAACAGAUGUACUCUUUGUGGAGCUUUCCUCUGGGAAGGUCAAGAUGAUCAAAAGCCUCAAAGAACCUCUCAAGACAGAAGACUGGCCCUGGAGCCAGAAAAACAGGCACAUCCAAGGCAGUGGCCUGUUUGGACAGUACCUGAUGACACCUUCCAAAGAUUCUCUCUUCAUCCUGGAUGGUCGCCUUAAUAAAUUAAACUGUGAGAUCACUGAGGUUCAGAAAGGAAAUACAGUUGUUUGGGUUGGCGAUGCCUAAGGAGCCCUCUUACCUAAUUAUGAAAGAAGAGUUUUACAGUACAUUGCACUUCAUCCAUAUUUAAAUUACAACUUAACUUUUCCAAAUUUAUAUUCUAGUCAAAUCCCCUCUGUUUGUUCAAAUAAGAUAGAUUUUUUUUUACAAUGAUAAUUGGCUAGUUAGAAACAUUUCAUACAAUAUUUAAUUGGAAAUUACAGCACUCACAAGAAUCAAACAUGUAGCUAUAUUUUAAACCAAUGAAAUGAGAUUUAAAUUAUUUAAAAAAAAAAUACACUGCAGGGAAUUUCAGAUGACCUAAGCAUCAUGUCAUUCUUUACGGCAUUUUUUUUUCCUCUGUUAUUUUGCUAUGCUUAAAUCAGAAAUAAAAGGUCGUGUUAAACCUUAAAAUUCUUAAUUCAAAAUACUCUGUCCCGUCCACUGUUUAAAAUCUUUUGUGCCUUGAAGGAAAUGUCAUGGAAGGAAAAAAAAAAAAGGAAGGCUAAGCUCUGCAUAUUGGACAACCUCAUAAGCAAUGAAUCUACUGUCAUUAAGAAAUGUUUAUAUCUUGCGCCAAAUCCUGCCUUCAGGCAUUUGUUUGACCUUCAAUGAAAUGUCAUGUGAAGGCAUAAUUUGGCCUUGGGCUGUAUACAGAUGAGAAGCUAUCCAACAUUCACUGUACUAUGUCCAUUGUGCUAUAGAAAAUGGACAGGAAGGGAGAAAAAUUUGUAUGGUAAAAAUGUUUGCAAUGUAUUGUGUCCACAUUUUGCUUUCAUUCACUAGAGUGCAUUAUAUUAUUGGUGUAUGAUUAUCUGGGAAUUCAACUGCUUACAGAAGGUUUCCUUCUUUAGUAUCAAGAUUGAUUCUUUUGUGUAGCCUAAUGUUACAUAAGUCAGGAGCUUUCUCAGUUCUGAAAAAGGAGCAUGACUGUGUCUGCACAGAAAGAACCACUUCUAGGGAAAUUGACAGUGAGACAAAGCUGAAACCACUCUCUGUAGUGCGGUGGCCUAUAUCCUCUUCAGACAACAUUCACUUGGUUGGUCCAAAGAAGGUGAAUGGGUUUUAGCAGAAAACAGUAACAUGAGCCCACAGUAGAGAUUGGGAAGUGAACUCCACUGCUUUUGCGAUUUAGAUGUAUCUAUUAAAUAAAUCCAUCCUUUAUUAAUGGUCAAGAUGACUUCUACUCCUGCAUAUUCUAAACCACCCUCUCUUUAACUGUGUGCUCUAGCUGUAACCCAACGGAGUCUCUUGAGAUAUAGUAGAGAAGUAAAAGUGACUGCCUUUAUCCUUUUUCCUACAGGAGAAAACAGAAAAACAGUAGAAAUAGAUUAAUACCAAUAGUUUGGUUAUUGGAAUAAAAGAAAACAAUCCAGGUGUAAGGGAAUAGCAUACAUGGUUUGAAAAUCUUUUCUACUUAUUUUUCUUCUUAUUGUUGCUAAAACUCGUGAUAAGCUAUUGAACUAAUGCCCAUUUGCUGAAGGUAAUCCAGUAAGAUCUUUUUUUAAAUACAAAUUGGGUAAAACUGCAUAGAAACUUGGGAUUUUAUAGUGUGCACUCUCUUUUGUGUAUAUAGCACCAUGGGCUGUGUGAUAAUAGAUUUCUUCUUAGCUUAAGGAUACAUUAAGGGAAAUAGAUUUAAUAAACAACAGAAAUCAGCCUACAUUUUUACUGAUUGAGUCUGUUUUACUCUUUAGUAACUUCGUCCCCUGGGAACAUGAAUCAUGCAGUGUCUUUGUGUUAAUGAUUUCGUGUAAGUCUAUCCUGUACACGUACAUCUUCUUUUAGAAGCUUUUACUAUGUGGAUGCUGUCUGUUAUCAUUGCUUGAUAAAAGAAUAAACCUCUUAUGUUUUAUUGCU